GCGGCGCGUCGGCUUGAAGCAUAUGAUUGAGGGCCCGCAGAAAUGCCUUUCCAAGGGAGACUUUGUCAUUUCGUCCUCCACUUGCAAAAAUAAAGUAGACAAUCCAUUGGCUUUAUUGUAAAAGGAAAACAUAUGGUUGGUCAAUAAUGAAUAAUUUAUCUCUCAGUCUUCUAAACUAGCCUGCUCUCUUCCAGCCAUUCUUCCAGCUUAGUUUAUCUUUAUCUGCAAAAAUCUAGUAGCAAAAACUUAACUGUGAUCACCAAAGAUGGCUUAUGCUGCUCUUCUUUCCCUCGCCCGAACCACUGGAGAAAUAAUCUUGGAUCAAGAUAGAUAUUCCAUUCCUUGUAAUAAAAAACAACAAAUUCGAUCUAUCUAUGAACCAUUUAUUUUCUUGCAAGAGUUUCUUGAAGAUUUUCCCGAGAAAGCCAACAUCUUGGAUGGGCAAAUCAGAGAUUUAGCAUAUGAAGCAGAGCAUAUUAUUGAGUCUUUCAUAUUGAUGGAAGCUCGAUCACAUUGGUGGAAUGUUUUAGCUGUCAAAUCAAAGCUAAAAUGGCAAAUAAGAAGGAUAAGAAAAGAAACAAAUUCAAUCACAAGGGAGGUGAUGAUCAUCAAGAAUAACAGUGCAGAUACAGUACAACUUGGUGCUUCUUCUUCCGCAGCAGCAGGUUCACCAUCCAGAUCUGCUCCGAUCAUCAAGAUUGGCUAUAUGGUUGGUUUACAUGAAGAUUUGCUAACAAUAAAAUCUCGACUCUGUGGAGAAUCGCCAAAUUUAGAAGUUAUCCCAAUCGUUGGGAUGGGAGGUAUAGGAAAAACUACUCUUGCAAAGUGUGUUUACGACGACCCACUAACAGUGCAGCGGUUCGAUAUUCGUGUUUGGGUCACAGUAUCACAGGACUACAAUGCAGAUGUAGUUUUAUCAGCCCUCCUAGCUUCCAUGGAAGAGUUUGAUAAAGAUAGAUCCGAGGAGAGCAAAGAUAGAUCCAAGGAGGAAAAAGAAUUGCCAGGGGCGAAAGUGCACAAGAUCUUGAAAGGCAGGAGAUAUCUCCUUGUAAUGGAUGAUAUUUGGAGCACAGAUGCUUGGGAUGAUGUAAGACUUAUACUUCCCGACGAUGGUAAUGGAAGCCGAAUCAUAUUAACGACAAGAGAAACUGAUAUGGCUGCUUAUGCCUGUCGUUUGAGCUGUCCCCACAAGAUGCGUUUCAUGGAUGAGACUCAGAGUUGGAAUCUACUUCAGCAGAAGGUGUUUGCACAUCUAGAUUGCCCUCCAGAGUUGGAGAACAUUGGAAAGGAGAUCGCGAGAAGAUGCAAAGGGCUGCCCCUCGCAAUCGCGGUGGUUGCAGGGCUCCUAUCCACGAUCAGCAACAAUCCAGCUUCAUGGAGGGAAAUUGCACAAAAUGUAAAUUCAGUUACUAAAGGAGGACAAUUUGAAAAUAUAUUGUCUUUGAGUUACACUCACUUGCCUCAUUAUCUGAGGCCGUGUUUCUUGUACAUGGGAAUGUUUCCUGAGGAUUGUGAGGUCCGUGUCUCAAAACUCAUCAAAUUAUGGGUAGCUGAGGGAUUCUUGAGACGUUUGAACAGAUCUAAAACCUUAGAAGAAGAGGCGGAAGUGUUUUUGGAGGGUCUUGUCAAGAGAAACCUUGUUUUGGUUACCAAGAGAAAGUGUGAUGGCAGGAUCAAAAGUUGCAGCCUCCAUGAUCUUAUGCGAGAUUUGUGCAUAAGAAAAGCGAAUGAAGAGAAGUUUCUUGUGAACUUCAGCAGCGGGCUUCCAGUAAAGGGCAGGAAAAAUCAGCGCCGUGUAAGUGUUACUCGUUCGGGUUUACCAUACUUUCAGAAAAUAUAUGGCUUAACCAUGCAUACGAUUUUGUGCUUCCUUGGCAUUUCUGUAGCAAACAAGUUGGAAGGUUUUAGAUUGCUAAGGGUAUUGGAUGCAGGAAAUGUUUAUGUGCAUUCACUACCAGAUCAACUAUUUGACCUAUUUUAUCUAGCAUACCUUGGUAUCUGCUAUCUUGGAAGGAUACCUACAGCCAUUUCAAAGCUUCAUAAUCUUGAAACUUUAAGCCUUCGCGCAAAGAAUGAUUGGAUGAACUUUAUUACAUUGAAUUCAUUCUGUUUGCCUCUGGAGAUUUGGAGGAUGCCAAGAUUGAGACAUCUUGUCUUCUAUGGCAGGUUACCAAAUCCAGAAGGAAUUACAUCUUCUAGUCUAGAAAACCUCCAAACACUCUCUAUAGCGUCACAUGCCAUGUGUAGUGAAAGGAUCUUGAGAAUGAUCCCAAACCUAAAGAAAUUGGAAAUGUAUUGCUCCAAUUAUCGUCCAGGCGAAAAUUUACUCAACAAUUUGGUUAAUCUGCGUCAACUUGAAGAUUUGAAGUUACGUUCAUCUUUUAGAAUUGUGUUUUACCAGAAGGAUGACUUCACUUUUCCUAAGACUCUGAGAAAGUUGACAUUAAGCCGUGUGACUCUUCCUUGGGAGGAGAUGACUAUUGUAGGCUCGUUGCCAAAUCUUCGAGUGCUUAAACUGACUCAUUGGGCUUGCAAAGGCAGCACAUGGGAAACAAGCGAUGGAGAGUUUCCUAAACUAGAAAUUUUGGUUAUAGAAAAGUCGUAUCUCCAGGAUUGGAUAACUGAAAGUAGCCACUUCCCAAUGCUCAAAAGCCUCGUGCUCGACGAGUGUUCGAAGCUCGCUGAAAUACCAGAAGAUAUCGGGGAAAUUCCAACACUCGAGCUGAUUGAGGUGAAGGGGGAAGCGCGAACGUCACUUGUGGAGUCGGCCCAGAGGAUUCUAGAGAAACAACAAGAGUGGGGAAAUGAUGCCCUUCAAGUUCGUUGCAUGGCUCAUCGAUGAUGUGCUCUUUCCAUCCUUCUGUCGACACAAAAGAUUAAUUUUGUUGCAGAUCAGGAAAUAUGCAUUCAGAUGUGAUGAACUAGGCCUCAGAUUCUCACAAUGAAAGUUUUGGAUUCAAGUUCGUUUUAUGACUCGCUAAUCAUGAUACUCUUCUAAAGAGGUAACUCCAAAUUCCUUCUAACUAAAUUCUUUUAUAUAUACUAAUAAUAACAGGCAUAGGUAUUAUGUACCAAAUUAAGAGGGUAUUAAAAGAGAGAGAGAGAAUCAAUAAUGAUUCCUUAUUUUCCUCAUUAGUGACUCAAACCCUUGACUAUUAUGUACCAAAUUAAGAGGGUAUUAAAAGAGAGAGAGAGAAUCAAUAAUGAUUCCUUAUUUUCCUCAUUAGUGACUCAAACCCCUGACCUAUUGGUUGGAGGGGAAGCGUCAAACUAAGGGGGUAUGUUUCUAAGCUUAUUUUAGAGAGAUGCUUUAAGAGUUUAUAAGAUGUUGUAACACCCUGUACUUUUAUGAGUAGUAGUAGUGUCGAGACACUACAGAGAGUACUACGGUACUGAGAUAUGAGAUUAUAAUUAAGAUGAGAUGGAUUUAUGAUGAUAAAUAGAGAUAUUGAGUAAUUAGAGUUACAUUAUUUUGAUGAGACGAGUUAUUAUUCUAGAUGGAGAUAUGAGUCUGAUAGAAUCAAUGAUGAAGAUAGAGAGUGAGCAGUUUGAGAAAACGAGUUGAGAUAGAGAUGCUGAUUGAAUUGAGAAAAGAGCAUAAUUUAUUUUUCCCGAUGACGGAUACAGAGGUAUCUGUGAGAUUAAUUGUCCUAUUGUUAAUAGGAACAUCUGAUUAAGAAUAGAGUUGAGAUAAGUGAGUGAGAAACCCUAUAGAAGGGAGAGUCGAUCUGAGAGAUGAUCUAAUUGAGAGAUGAUUGCUGAUUGCUUUGAUGUGAAUUGUACCCGUGUUUUAUCUGAGAUUGUUUGAGUGAUUGUCUACGUGAAUACUUGUUACGUGUGUUUGUAUGAUGAUGUGAGUAUGAUUUUUUUUCGUGUUAUGUUAACACGGAUUAUUUUUGAGAUUUUAGAGAACGAGAUUAUUUUUAAAAUCGGGAAAUAGCAUACAACUAUUAUUAUUUUGCAUAUCAGUAUUUUAUGAGAAAUAUUUUACUGAGACAUGAGAUGUGAUAUUUUCGAGUACACUAUUUUUGGUGUUACUAUUAUUUUAUUUUAUUUUAUCACAUGAGUAAAUAAAGUGUAGUUUUAUUUUAUCAAGAGAGAUACAUAAUUACAUUAAUUCCACUAAUACUACACUUGAGAUAUUUUUUUUACCACAUGCUUAUAUCUUAAAUGGCAAGUGGAUUAGGAGGUUGGAGUUAAGGGGACAUGCAUUAAUUGUAAAGUGAAAAUGUUGGGAUAUUAAUUUGAUACAAGUGGGAUUAGAUAUUUGAUCAAGUUAUUCAUCCUAAUUCUACCAAGAACUCACACACACCCCCUCCCUUCUCUUCCCCAUUCUCGACCCCCCCUCUCUCUCUCAAUACUCUCUUUUCCUCCAUUGUUGUCCAUUGAAGAAAGCUUAGAGAAGCUUCAUCAAACACUACUAUGAAAUAAUCCACCAUCCAAUCCAAUCAAAUACUAGCAUAUCUCAUCAAAUUCAAGAAGCUAGAGCUAAGAUCAAAGUUGGAGCAAAGUCUUGAUCACCUUUUAAAUCCUUGAACACGAGCAGAGCAAGGAAGUAAGUAACUCCGCUUUGAUGGGAGAUUUUGAGUAAGGUCUUCAGGAUAAGCGGAGGGGGAGUAUGGUGCGGUGCUGGUGGGGAAUGUUUCGGGUUGACGUUUUCUUUCUCUAUCGUAUGUCUGUUUUGUCGAUAGAGUUUUGAUAUGAAGUUAUGUUAUAUUAAAUCAAGCAGUUUACUCACGAUUAUGUGUCUUCAUACAUAUAGUCGGUUCACCUUUUGUUAUCACACUCUGAAUAUUAUGACUCUACAUAAAAAUUGAGCUAUACUUGUUUUGCUUUUCAUGUUGAGAUUCCUGAUAUUUAUCGAGUUAUGACGAUGUUGACGAAUAUACCCUUUUGAUGAAUUAUGAUGAUCUUUCC